CUCAGAGAAAUAAGAAUGUCAAUUGAUAGUAAAAUUUCAUCAGUUGUGAAGAUAUUUUACAGUUGUGCACCAUGUUUCCGAUGUGCUAGUAUCGAAAGAAUAAUGAACAGGAGAUAACUUUCUGAUAGUUCUUUUCAAAAGAGUGGUGUGCUGCUUCAGUAGUAUUAAUAUUAUUCGCAACAUGGCUGACAAAUCGCUUGAAAAAGCAGGACUCGAUAACUACGCGUACAAAGCGGAUUUCGAUGAUAAAAAGGAUGUGUCUGAAGGUAUCAACCAUGUGAAGAGAUCUCACCUGCCAGUCAUCAUAGGCUCUUUUGGCAUCCUGCAAGGAGGCUUGCUCUUAAUACCAGCCGUGUUGCAGUUGGUACGGCCGUAUACCUUGCCAGUCCUGUGAGUAAUAUUAUAACAGCAUCUUUUUAUCUUUUUAUAAUCCCCCCCCCCCCCAAUAAAAUGCCCCACUACACACAAAUGAGCCAUUUCGAAAGCUGGGUCGGAAACUUAGCGCCGUAGUUCGUGUUAAAAAAAAAAAAUAGCGUUUGUGAGGCAGCGUGGUGGAAUCAGGCUCUCGUCAAUUUUGGAGCAUUU